AUGGACAAAGAGUUCACCAGGGACGGUACCAACAGCUGGAUAGCACCCCUACCCUUUCGGUCACCCAGACGUCGGCUGCCCAACAACAAGGAGCAAGCUGCCUCGAGAUUCGCUACACUCAGACGAACUCUGAACAAGAACCCUGAAACGAAAGAGCAUUUCUUCAGCUUCAUGCAAGGAAUGCUGGAAGACGGCCAUGCAGAAAUGGCUCCAGAGAUGAAGGAAGAUGAAGAGUGUUGGUAUCUCCCAUCGUUCGGAGUGUACCACCCACGCAAACCGGGAGAAAUACGAGUCGUGUUUGACUCCAGCGCGAAGUACAAGGGCGUUUCCCUGAACGACGUUCUACUGACCGGCCCGGACUUAACCAAUAGCCUUGUGGGAGUCCUGCUCCGAUUCAGGAAGGAACGUAUUGCCAUCAUGGCAGAUAUACGACAGAUGUUUUACAGCUUCUUGGUCAAGGAGGAAGAUAGGGACUAUCUACGUUUUCUCUGGUACCGCGACAACGACCCCAACAAGGACGUCAUGGAGUAUCGAAUGCGGGUACACGUCUUUGGCAACAGUCCUUCCCCUGCCGUCGCAACGUACGGCCUGCGACGAACGGCACACGAGGGUGAACUGGUGUACGGGACGGACGCCAGAGGAUUUGUGGAACGCGACUUCUACGUAGAUGACGGACUCAAGUCUCUAACCACAGAGGAACAGGCGAUCGACCUCCUCAAACGAACACAGGCUAUGCUUGCAACAGCCAACCUGAAGCUUCACAAGAUAACUUCUAACAGCGUGGCGGUAAUGCAGGCGUUUCCGGCGGAGGACCAUGCGAAAGACCUGAGAGACCUAGAUCUUGGUAAUGAGGGCCUUCCGCCUCAACGGAGCCUUGGGGUAACCUGGAACCUCGAACAAGACACGUUCACCUUUCGAGCGCCACAUUGUCAGGCACCACAUACCAAACGUGGCAUACUCUCUACGGUGAACAGUAUUUACGACCCAUUGGGGUUUGCUGUUCCAGUUACAGUGCAGGGAAGGCUUCUGUUGAGAGAACUCUCGUCUCACACACAAGAAUGGGACGCUCCUCUUCCCGUUUGCAAUGAAUGGGACGCCUGGAAGGGUUCUCUACGAGAACGCGAAGGACUAGAGCUGACUCGACCAUUCGUUGGGGCAUCACUCAUCAGUUCAAGAUACAGAGAACUGUGUGUGUUCUCUGACGCAUCACAGCAAGCAAUUGCCGCCGUAGCUUAUCUGAAGGUUGUGGACGCGCGGGGUAUGUGCCACGUCGGAUUCGCCCUGGCCAAAGCGAAACUCGCACCUCGACCUGAAAUCACUAUCCCACGGCUUGAACUGUGUGCAGCUGUUCUGGCAGUCGAGAUUGCUGACCUCAUACUCAACGAGAUAGACAUCAGUGUUCAUGCAACAACGUUCUUCACGGACAGCAAAAUCGUCCUUGGGUACAUACACAAUCAGGCUCGAAGGUUCUACGUGUACGUUACGAACAGGGUGGAAAGGAUUCGCAGGUCUUCACGGCCGGACCAGUGGUGCUUCGUACCGACGGAACAGAAUCCAGCCGACCACGCGACACGGCCCGUCGCUGCCCAUAAACUUAGUCAAACUAUGUGGCUAACGGGGCCACAGUUUCUUAAAAACCAGUCUGACGACACAACUGCCGCAAAUACACCAGAGUACAAGCUCGUGGAGCCAGACGUCGAUCCCGAGAUACGUGUCGAAGUAGCUACCUACACGACGUGCCUGGAGUCAGAGCUUGACAUCGGAACCCAACGUUUUCAGCGCUUUUCUAGGUGGACUGCGCUUGUACGGGCUAUCGCCAACUUGAAACAUAUCGCACGCUCCUUCCGCACCCAGCACGAUCUCCAACCGGAAACGUGUCGUCAUUGGCAUAUUUGUUCCGAGCCACGAACAGUAGCGAGCGUGAACGAUGCCAGAAAUGUCAUUCUAUUGAGUGUCCAACGCGAAGCCUACACCGAGGAGAUAAAGUGCCUCCAGAAGAAGCAAAACGUCCGCAAGGGUAGCCCUCUUUACAAGCUGGACCCGUUUCUCGACGAGUACGGACUCGUCAGAGUUGGAGGUCGCCUGAGAAACGCCUACUUAGACAGAAAUGAGGUGCACCCUAUCGUCCUGCCCGGUCGUCAUCACGUCACUGCUCUGCUCAUUCGUCAUCACCAUGAAAAGGUGCGGCACCAGGGAAGACACUUCACUGAAGGCGCCAUCCGAACAGCCGGUCUCUGGAUCGUAGGUGCAAAAGGAUCGAUAGGAGCAGUCAUCCACAAAUGCGUCCAGUGUCGAAAACUACGCGGAAGACUGGAAGAGCAGAAGAUGGCUGAUCUACCAAAAGAACGGGUGAGCACUGAACCACCUUUCACCUAUGUUGGACUUGACGUGUUUGGACCAUGGACAGUGGCGUCCCGUCGCACCAGGGGCGGCCUUGCACAGAGCAAGCGGUGGGCCGUCUUGUUCACGUGCAUGAGCAUCCGCGCGGUGCACAUCGAGGUGAUCGAAGCUAUGGACACCUCAAGCUUCAUCAACGCGCUUCGAAGAUUCUUCGCUGUAAGAGGACCGGCCAAGCAGCUGCGCUCAGAUAGGGGGACGAACUUUAUUGGGGCAUGUCAUGAGCUUCGUGUCCCUACACCAGACACCGACCCAAGUACCAUCCGGAACUACCUGAGCGAACAAGGCUGCUCUUGGGUGUUCAACCCUCCCCACGCAUCACAUAUGGGUGGAGCAUGGGAACGUAUGAUCGGGUCGGCUCGCCGCAUACUGGACUCCAUGCUCCUGGACCAUGGAUCUACCAAGAGAACACAUGAAGUGCUCACCACAUUUCUUGCAGAGGUGACGGCAAUUAUUAGCGCACGACCCUUGGUUCCAAUCUCGGACGACCCGCAAUGUUACAUGCUUACGCCAUCUAUGCUACUCACGCAGAAGAACUGCGUCAUGACUGAGCCGCCGGGCGACUUCUCGAACAUGUAUGUUCGACAGUGGAGGAGGGUCCAGGCGCUAGCCAAUACAUUUUGGGACCGCUGGAGGCGCGACUACCUCUCCACGCUGCAGAGUCGGCGCAAGUGGCAAACGCAACGUCGCAACAUUAGUGCCGGCGACCUUGUGCUCCUCAAGGAAAAGGGAGCAAGACGGAACAUCUGGCCGACAGGUCUGGUGUGCGGGACGAUUCCCAGCAAGGACGGGAAUGUCCGCAGGGUAGAAGUGAAGAUCGCCAGUGGAGGAACCACCAAAACGGCUCUUCGGCCAAUUUCGGAAAUAAUUCUCCUCGUGCCGAACGAAGAUAAGCAGUAG